UCUUUCCUUAGCCUGCUUCUGUUUGGUCUGGGUUACCACCCCGGUUGCAGGCCCCCGUGCACCCCGCAGGUGAGAGGGGUCCAGGGACCCCGCUUCCUACGGUGAAUUAAUCCUCCCUCCUCUCCCCUUCUCCCGCUCUCCGAGCAGUCGACCGGGUCUGACCCCCGUGGUCCGGCGUGAGUCCCAUCGUGUGUGCGCUGGGGACCGGAGCUAGGGAGGCAGCUCCUCAUUCCACCUCCAGGAAGUCAAACUGGAGGAAGGAGGGCAAACUCGGGGAGGCGGGGCUCGGUGCCACUGGGCAGCCGAGACGGCCCGCGGUCCUCAACCCCCACGAUCCGGGAUCCGAGCGCUGGCCGGCGUCCGGGCACUCUCGCGGCCAGAUGGCGGACCCCCGCCCAGAUCAUGAAUCAGAGCCUGAAUCCGUGUUCCCACGGGAGGUUGGACUCUUCGCCGACUCUUACUCGGAGAAGAGCCGGUUCUACUUCUGUGGGCACGUGCUGAGCAUCACGGAGAACUUCGGGUCCCGCCUCGGGGUGGCAGCGCACGUGUGGGACGCGGCUCUAAGCCUGUGCAACUAUUUCGAGACUCAGAAUGUGGAUUUCCGAGGCAAGAAAGUGAUCGAACUGGGCGCUGGGACGGGCAUCGUGGGUAUCUUGGCAGCGCUGCAGGGGGGUGAUGUUACCAUCACUGACCUGCCCAUGGUCCUAGAACAGAUCCAGGGCAACAUCCAGGCCAAUGUGCCGGCUGGAGGCCGGGCCCAGGUCCGCGCCUUGUCCUGGGGGAUUGACCAGCAUGUCUUCCCUGGAGACUAUGACCUGGUGCUGGGGGCUGAUAUCGUGUAUCUGGAGCCCACCUUCCCACUGCUGCUGGGGACCCUCCAACACCUGUGCGGGCCCCAUGGCACCAUCUAUCUGGCUUCCAAGAUGAGAGAGGAGCAUGGGACAGAGAGCUUCUUUCAGCACCUCCUGCCCCAGCAUUUCCAACUGGAGCUGGCCCAGCGGGAUGAGAAUGAGAAUGUUAACAUCUAUAGGGCCAGGCACAGGGGACCAAGACCUGCUUGAUGUCACCCGUCUGCUCCUCUGAACACCUUGUUCUAAUGAAGGAACUGCCGUAUGUCCAGAGCCGUAAACAUAAGGACCAAAAACGAUGGAUUUCCGUUGCCACUGUCUUUCCUCCUUCGCUUUUUGUUUCCUGAGAUACUCUUGGGCAGGUGCAGGGAGGUGCUACGUGCUAGGAAUACUAGAGCCCUAGAUGUACUGGGCUAGAGUACAAAGGAGAUUCCCAGUUCCUGUUCUCAGCAGAGGAAGAUAGGAGGGUAUCCAGGAUUUUAGGGGAAGGGGAGGUAAGUGGGAUGUGUGAACAGUGUAAAAAGGAACAUAAAUAAGCAUUGAAGAUCUCUUCUGCAUCCAGAGAACUCGGGUUUUACUGGGGGGCUGGGAAGCAAGAAACCUCCGACCACCCACUUCUUGCUUCUAGAGAUAGUCUGGUGGAACCAUGGCUCUAACUGGGUCAAGUCCUCCCAGCCCUGAAGUUGGGGAUAGGCAGCAGAGCUGUCCUUUGGACCUUAGCUCCUUCACUCUUUUUGGAGUUGCAGCCCUGAUCACUAAGUACCAGGUUCUCUUUGAUUUUUCUUUACGUUUCCAGUCCCUGUCAGUCCUUCCUUCCUAAUGUGUUUUGCCUUCACCUCUUUUCUCCUCCCACUGUGGGGCCUCUGAUGGGGGCUCUCCUGACUUACUCCUUGGGCCACACAUCACCUCCUGGGGCCUCCUGGCCUCCAUUCACUCCCCUUCAAACCAUUUUGUAAACUCUGGUGAUCUUCCAAAAUCAGCUCUGAUUAGCUUCUGCUGCUGCCCAACAGAAGCAAGAAUAAGCUCUUCUGCUUGGUACUCAGUGUGUCCCGUGUGAUCCCAAAUUAUCCUUCUACUUCAUUUCCUACUGGUUUCCUACAUGUAUUGCAACCUCUGGCCAAAUUACAAAAGGUCUACUCUUUGUUCCCUAAAUCCACACCAAGAUUCCCUGGCUUCUUCCUUCAUUCUUUUUGAUGAUUGCCUGCCUGGAAGGGCUAUUUCUACCUCUCAAAAUCUUCGUUACUUUUAGCUUCUCUCCUGAAAAAAGCUUUUCCUGAGCCUCCUGUUUGAAUAUGAUUUCUUUCUCCCUUGAGACGCUUUAACUAACUGUUCGUCUUGUGAGGCUUACCUUGUCUUGUGUGAUCAUUUGUCUGCUCCCUAUUUUCUCACCAUUGGAUUACCUUGGAGGGCAGGGCUAUGGUUCCUGGCACACAGUUGGUGUUCAUCAAAUAUUUUUGUUCAUUCAACAAAUAUUUACUCCUCCUCCCUAUGUGACCUUGGCCAAACUUCUGAACCCACCCAACUACCUCACAAGUUUGUCAUGAGUCAUAAAUGGAUAAU